CCACUUUAUACUUGCUUCACACUAGGUCUUGCUAAUUAUUGCGAUAAUUGUAUCACCUAUAUGUGUGUGUUUCGUGUUUAGCCAAAAUUUUGCUCGCCCAUGUAGCUAACUUCUGUCAAGAAUUCCGUUUUGAUUUACAGCAUUUGUUGUUAUUAUUUGGUCUUGCGUUCUUCAGGUUGGUUUCAGUUGGGGAAAAAAUUAUUUCUUGUUCCUUUUGUGGGGGGUUCGAUUGAUUUUUAAAAAUAUAUUCCUUUUCUAUUGUAUCACAAACAAAGAAAAAAGAAAAAUGGGGAAAGUCUGAUGACGGUGAGAUGGUGGAUAGUGUUGUGAAGGUGGUGAUACCGCCCUAAAUACCAAGCACGAGAGGGUGAGGUGUUCGGUAUUGAAAACAUUUGAGUGUGGUGCAGGUGGAUAUAGGAGCGAGUUUGUGCAUUCAUUUUACUUGACCCUGAACUAUUAUUUCCUUUUCCUGACAUGGCUUUCAAAUGCAUUUCCCACAGGUGAAGAUAGUUGAUGAUUCUAGACCUGUUACCCGUAGAAUAGUUGAAUCUUUUCUGAAUAAGUUCUUUCCUUCAGGAUACCCAUACAGUGUGAACGAGGGAUAUCUUCGAUACACACAAUUCCGCGCCUUGCAGCACUUCACAAGUGCAGCAUUGUCUGUAUUAUCAACUCAGUCUCUGCUAUUUGCUGCAGGCUUACGGCCUACCCCUGCGCAGGCUACUGCUGUUAGUUGGAUAUUAAAGGAUGGCAUGCAACAUGUCGGGAAGCUCAUAUGUAGCAAUUUGGGUGCAAGGAUGGACUCAGAACCAAAACGCUGGAGGAUUUUGGCGGAUGUUCUCUAUGACUUGGGUACUGGUUUGGAAGUGCUUUCUCCUUUAUGUCCACACUUAUUUCUUGAAAUGGCUGGUCUUGGGAACUUCGCCAAGGGAAUGGCAGUUGUUGCUGCAAGGGCGACAAGAUUGCCUAUAUAUUCUUCAUUUGCCAGAGAAGGAAAUCUCAGUGACCUUUUUGCAAAAGGCGAAGCCAUCUCAACACUCUUUAAUGUUGUUGGAAUAGGUGCAGGAAUUCAAUUAGCUUCUACUAUUUGCUCAACUAUGCAGGGGAAGUUGGUGGUUGGACCUCUUCUUUCUGUACUACAUAUUUACAGUGUCUGUGAAGAGAUGCGAGCUGCUCCUGUCAACACACUAAAUCCACAGAGAACCGCAAUGAUCGUGGCAGAUUUUUUGAAGACAGGUAAAAUUUCUAGUCCUGCUGAUCUAAGGUAUGGAGAAGAUCUCUUAUUUCCCAGCCGGCUUAUCGAGGAAGCGGGAAAUGUUAUGGUUGGAAGGCCUUUACACAAGGCCGUCAAGCCUUCGAAGCUUCACCAGAUAAAAAGAACAUUUCCCGAGGGAAAAUUCAUUUUACAUCUCAGAACUAGAUGGACAGAUAUGAUAUUGGAGCACAACGCGACUGGUGAAGACGCUUUGAGGGGGUGGCUGGUUGCUGCAUAUGCUGCAGAUAUAGAGAAGUCUUUCAAUCUGUCUACUGAGAUUGCAUUGCAGGAUGCAUAUGAGAGGAUGAAUAGCGUAUUUUCUCCCUUUCUCUCAGAGCUGCAGUCUAAAGGGUGGCAUACUGAUCAGUUUCUUGAUGGAACAGGAUGUCGUUUUUCAUUUUAGUGUCAUGCGUACGAGGUAAAACCUUGACUUUUUCAGGAAAUUUUGCAGCUUGUAUUCACAGAAAUUGUUUAUUUCGUGUUGGGACGAGAGAAUUGUAGCCUACUUAUGUCAUUAUAGGGAAUUAUAAUUAAUAAAUAAAGAAUUUGGACAUGACGUUGCCAUUCUUGACAAUGUAAUAGAAUUGUUAUUUUUGUCCUAAUAUUUGCCGUUCUUUUUGGA